AUGGCUCCCGGGCUGCUCCACUGUGUGGCCUUUUGUCUCCUUGGAGCAGGUCACAUGGGUGCCAUGGUCAUCCAGAGCCCAAGAUACCAGGUUACGUGGGUGGGAAGACCAGUGAAUUUGAGCUGUUCUCAGGAUCUGAACCAUUACAGCAUGUAUUGGUACCAACAGAAGCUGAGCCAAGCCCCAAAGUUGCUGCUUUACUACUACGGUACAGACCUUAACAGAGAAGCAGACACCUCUGAUAACUUCCAAUCCAGCCGGCCCAACACUUCUUUCUGUUCUCUCAGCAUCCUCUUGCCAAGCCCCGGGGACUCAGCCUUGUAUCUCUGCGCCAGCAGAAAGAACAAGCCUCUGCUAGCUAUGGGAUGCCUGCUUCAGAGGAUGGAACUGUGUCCUCGUCUUAAUUCUGAAGAACACCCAGAGAUUCCUACUAAGCAGUGGCUCAUCAGAUCACCUCGUAUGGUCAUCAACAGCAUCACAUGCUUCCAACUCUUUAAUCAAGAGGCCAAGAAAUACUACCCAAGAUCACAUUUGAGCAACACAGCGAAGACUGUUGGGUUCUGUGAAGUGAUCACGUCACAGAGCAGCUGGUUAUGGGGGGUGGAAAACGCCUCAGAGAAAACUGGCUGCCUCUGUUCUUUCACUAAUGCUGUCAUGGGCCCAGUAUUCAUCUGCUCCUUGGUCCUUUGGCUCCUGAGUGCAGGCACCCUCGAUGCAGAAGUCACCCAGACUCCGGGACACCUAGUCAAAGGGAAAGGACAGAAAGCAGAAAUGCAUUGUGUCCCGAUAAAGGGACACAGGUAUGUUUUCUGGUAUCAGCAGAUCCCAGCAAAAGAGUUCAAGUUCUUGACUUCUUUCCAGGAUGACAUCAUCUCUGAUAAAACAGGAAUGCCCGAGAAGAGAUUCUUAGCUGUGUGUCCCCGAAACUCACCCUGUAGCCUAGAGAUCAAGUCUACAGAGCUGCAGGAUUCAGCUGUCUGUAGGUUGUUGGCAAGAGCCUUCACCCCUUAUGACUCAGAAUUCUCCUCUUUAAAAUUAGAAACUUGCACAACUUGCUCUCCAAGAUUUGACAUGAGGAUGACUCAGGAUAUAUCUCCACAUUUUCCCCACACGUGGGACCACCAGGGAUUGCUGUGGAAGACAUGUCGCUACCAUCUGGCAAUAACUGAGCAAACUGUCAAUGUCGAUAACACAGAUCCAGGGAAGAUCUGGUUGGAAGGGGCAGUCUAG